CGUUUUCAGCGGUAGUUGUCGCUUUUAUUCUCGCGAUAUGUUCGGGUAAACGGGAGCCCGGGCGACCCGGGCUUCUGUGAAACAUGGCGGUCGGCUGAUUCCGUAACACAAGCAUGACUAUAUGAAAGAAGAAGAAGGUUUUCCUGAAGAUGAGGCGACUGAAUCGGAAAAAAACCUUAAGUUUGGUGAAAGAGUUGGAUGCCUUUCCAAAGGUUCCUGACAGCUAUGUAGAGACUUCAGCUAGCGGGGGUACAGUUUCUCUAAUAGCAUUUACCACGAUGGCUUUAUUAACCAUAAUGGAAUUUUCAGUAUAUCAAGAUACAUGGAUGAAGUACGAAUAUGAAGUAGAUAAGGAUUUUUCUAGCAAAUUGAGAAUCAAUAUAGAUAUUACUGUUGCUAUGAAGUGUCAAUAUGUUGGAGCAGAUGUAUUGGAUUUAGCAGAAACGAUGGUUGCAUCUGCAGAUGGUCUAGUUUAUGAACCAGCAAUAUUUGAUCUUUCACCACAGCAAAAAGAGUGGCAGAGAAUGCUGCAGCUGAUUCAGAGUAGACUGCAAGAAGAACAUUCACUUCAAGACGUGAUAUUUAAAAGUGCUUUUAAGAGUGCAUCAACAGCACUUCCACCAAGGGAAGACGAUACAUCACAGCCUCCUGAUGCUUGCAGAAUUCGUGGUCAUCUCUAUGUCAAUAAAGUAGCAGGGAAUUUUCACAUAACUGUGGGCAAGGCAAUUCCACAUCCCCGAGGUCACGCACAUUUGGCGGCACUUGUCAACCAUGACUCUUACAACUUUUCUCACAGAAUAGAUCAUUUGUCUUUUGGAGAGCUUGUUCCAGGAAUUAUUAAUCCUUUGGAUGGAACUGAAAAAAUUGCUGUAGAUCACAACCAGAUGUUCCAGUAUUUUAUUACAGUUGUGCCAACAAAACUACAUACAUAUAAAAUUUCAGCAGACACCCAUCAGUUUUCUGUGACAGAAAGGGAACGUGUCAUUAACCAUGCUGCAGGCAGCCAUGGAGUCUCUGGGAUAUUUAUGAAAUAUGAUCUCAGUUCUCUUAUGGUAACAGUUACUGAGGAGCAUAUGCCUUUCUGGCAGUUUUUUGUAAGACUCUGUGGUAUUGUUGGAGGAAUCUUUUCAACAACAGGCAUGUUACAUGGAUUUGGGAAAUUUAUAGUUGAAAUAAUUUACUGUCGUUUCAGACUUGGAUCCUACAAACCUGUCAGUUCUGUCCCCUUUGAGGAUGGCCACACAGACAACCACUUACCUCUUUUAGAGAAUAAUACACAUUAGCACCUCCUGAGUGAAGGAGAAAAACUUUUUGCCUGAGACAUAAAACCUUUUUUAAUAAUAAAAUAUUGUGCAAUAUAUUCAAAGAAAAAAUAUGAAUGAGAAGUGGGAAUCAUACCUAGGGGAAAAAAAAAGAAAAACCCAAACUGAAAUCCUAUAUAUGUUGUGUCUGUUACAAAUGUCCUAGAAGAAAUUAUGCAGCUAAUCAGUGAAUAAGCCUAACUGAAGUAUUGCUUUGAAGAUGACCCCUUCUGAUAUUUUCAUAGAAAUGGGCAGUAUCGAAAUCAGAGCUUGCUUCUUGGUGAAAGAGCCUGAAGUAAAGAAGUCAAACCACAUCUAAAGAAAAAGGGAUUAUAAAUGCAAAUGUUUGCAUCCUUCUGUUUUUAAAAGAUAUGUCAGAAUAAAAUAUGUAAAACAUAUGGAAAACUAGUCUAGACUUUAAAAAGUUGUGGUCAGGUAAUAAAGGAAAACAGGGAUGGGUCCCUAUGUUAUAGCCAUAUCAAUGUUAAGCCAUAAUGACAAGGCCAUUUAUCCAAUAAUUUGGUCUGAGGAAGGUAACUGCUUUUCUUUAAACUCUGGCUAUUGGCUUUUUCUGACUGUUCCAGGCAGGGUCGUGGAAGGCUAAGGUGAAUUCUUAUGGAGGCAGGUACAUAGGUGCUAUAAUAUGUAACAGAUAUCAUUCACAUACUGUAUAGUGGGCACUUACUUAUACAGGCAGAAGAAAGCACAUUUUUAAAAAAGAUGCUCAGUUUUCUAAUCUGUUCCUUGUAUUAUUGGUAUACUAUGGGAGCAGGUGGUGAGUAAUACAAAGGUCCAUUGCUGGUGAGGAAACUUCUUAGCUUGUAAAGUAUUAAAUGGAAAAAUAGACUAUUUUAUACAUGUUUGGGUGAGAGGCAACAGGGUAACUUUAAAUAAAGUAGAAACAUGAGGCAAAUAAAGUAGAAACAUGAGGCAAAUACUUAAAUAAGGCAAGAUCGUGUCAGAUCUGAGAUAUUAUCAUUAAACAGUGUCUGGUAAGCUGUAAACUUGGAUUAUGAGUGUCUGCAUUCAGAGUGUCCUGAAUGUGAUUGAUUUUGUUAUUAGAGUGUGUUGUUCUAGCUUCCUUAUUACUUAAGGAUUGCUUUUAAAUUUCCAGAUUAUGAAAGACUAAAAAUAAUGAGGGAGAUUUCACUCAGGUGCCAUUAAACACUGUAUUUGGAA